AUGAAAGCCUGUCUCGUAUUAGCCUGUAUUCUUGUGAUCUGCGGGGCUGACUUCCUGCCAAAGCGAAUGGAUGCCAAUGCGUUCCGUAUGUCGUUCGGAAAGCGAAGCGGAUCCGUUGAUGCUCCAUUUGAGGCAAAGCGAAUGGAUCCGAACGCCUUCAGAAUGUCAUUUGGAAAGCGUUCAGUGGAGCAGAAGGAAUCUCAGGAGGAGAAGACCAACGAGAUGUACGAUGAUGGCAAAUUCGAGGAGGCCAAAAGAAUGGACGCCAACGCCUUCAGAAUGUCGUUCGGGAAACGCUCAGCCUUCACAGGCAGUGAGGUAGACGGAGCUGCCGAUGAGGAGUACAUGAUGGAGCCAGAGCAGAAGAGAAUGGAUGCUAACGCAUUCCGCAUGUCGUUCGGAAAGCGAGUCAACUUGGAUCCAAACAGCUUCCGAAUGAGCUUCGGGAAGAGAAGUACUGUCGGGUAUAACGGUGUGGACGCUCGGAACUACUUCGUCGGCCUUGGACGUCGUUAA